AUGUCUCUCAAGUACACCGUCCUCUCCUCCGUCCUCUUCGCCGCCCAGCUCGUUGCUGGCCACGGUGCCAUCAUUGGUGCUACCGGUGAUGCUGGUGGCUCCGGCAUGGCCCUCGGUGACUCCACCCGCUUCCGAGGUGACGCCGCUGACACCUUUGGCGAGACCCUCGGCGCCGGCGACAACCAGCUCGAGGCUGGCACCCAGGCCAUCAUGGCCGAGACCGGCGACAUCCUCCCCAGAACGUUCCCGGACGCCGCGGCCGUGACCGCAACGUGCACGGGUACCGUCGCUGGCCAGGACAACGUCUGCCUCGUCCGCUGCCAGAACCCCGCCCGCGCCGGUCCCUUCGGUGGUGUCGUCCCCGUCCAGAUGGCCGAUGCUGCCAACAACGCCGCCGAUGCCCGCCGCCGCCUUGCUCGCGCUCUCAAGCGCGCUGUCCCCAUGGACUCCGAGUAA